AUGCCGGCCCAGAGCGGCAAGCUAGAGUACAGCGGCAAGCUAGAGUACAGCGGCAAGCUAGAGUACAGCGGCAAGCUAGAGUACAGCGGCAAGCUAGAGUACAGCGGCAACCUAGAGUACAGCGGCAACCUAGAGUACAGCGGCAACCUAGAGAACAGCGGCAAGCUAGAGUACAGCGGCAUGUUGGAAUACAGCAGCAAGCUAGAGUACAGCGGCAAGUUGGAAUACAGCAGCAAGCUAGAGUACAGCGGCAAGCUAGAGUACAGCGGCAAGCUAGAGUACAGCGGCAAGCUAGAGUACAGCGGCAAGCUAGAGUACAGCGGCAAGCUAGAGUACAGCGGCAAGCUAGAGUACAGCGGCAAGCUAGAGUACAGCGGCAAGCUAGAGUACAGCGGCAACCUAGAGUACAGCGGCAAGCUAGAGUACAGUGGCAAGCUAGAGUACAGCGGCAACCUAGAGUACAGCGGCAACCUAGAGUACAGCGGCAACCUAGAGUACAGCGGCAAGCUAGAGUACAGCGGCAAGCUAGAGUACAACGGCAAGCUAGAGUACAACGGCAAGCUAGAGUACAGCGGCAAGCUAGAGUACAGCGGCAAGCUAGAGUACAGCGGCAAGCUAGAGUACAGCGGCAAGCUAGAGUACAGCGGCAAGCUAGAGUACAGCGGCAAGUUGGAAUACAGCAGCAAGCUAGAGUACAGCGGCAAGCUAGAGUACAGCGGCAACCUAGAGUACAGCGGCAAGCUAGAGUACAGCGGCAAGCUAGAGUACAGCGGCAAGCUAGAGUACAGCAGCAAGUUGGAAUACAGCAGCAAGCUAGAGUUCAGCGGCAAGCUAGAGAACAGCGGCAAGCUAGAGUACAGCGGCAAGCUUGAGUACAGCGGCAAGCUAGAGUACAGUGGCAAGCUAGAGUACAGCGGCAAGCUAGAGUACAGCGGCAAGCUAGAGUACAGCGGCAACCUAGAGUACAGCGGCAAGCUAGAGUACAGCGGCAAGCUAGAGUACAGCGGCAAGCUAGAGUACAGCGGCAAGCUAGAGUACAGCGGCAAGCUAGAGUACAGCGGCAAGCUAGAGUACAGCGGCAAGCUAGAGUACAGCGGCAAGCUAGAGUACAGCGGCAAGCUAGAGUACAGCGGCAAGCUAGAGUACAGCGGCAACCUAGAGUACAGCGGCAAGCUAGAGUACAACGGCAAGCUAGAGUACAACGGCAAGCUAGAGUACAACGGCAAGCUAGAGUACAGCGGCAAGCUAGAGUACAGCGGCAAGCUAGAGUACAGCGGCAAGCUAGAGUACAACGGCAAGCUAGAGUACAGCGGCAAGCUUGAGUACAGCGGCAAGUUGGAAUACAGCAGCAAGCUAGAGUACAGAGGCAAGCUCUCGAGUACAGCGGCAAGCUUUGAGUACAGCUAA